AAAAUUCAUUUACACCACAAACUCCUUGAUUUUGCUCUCUCUCUCUCUCUCGCUGCCCCCCGCCCCUCCCCGACGAAAUCAAUCAAUCAUUCACACCAAACUUCUAAAGCAAGAAAAAAUGGAAGCUAUGGCUACUGAAGGUGUAAGAUUUAUACUGGAGAAAUUGUUUGAGGUAGCAUCUGAAGAAUUCAAACUCGUGCAGGGUUUCAAGAAAGAAUUUGCAAAUCUAAAAAAAUACUUGAUAAUGAUUAACGAAGUCUUGGAAGGUGCUGAGGAGCGCGAAAUCACCAACAGUGCUGUUAAAAGAUGGCUCAAGGACCUCAAAGAUGCUGCGAAUGAUGCCGACAACGUUUUGGACGAGAUCAAAUAUGAAGAUUUGAGUCGUACGAUAGAGACAGAGGACACAGAGGACGAGAGUGGGUGCUUAAACUUCCCUUGCAUUUUGACAUUUCUACGAAAGAUGGCUCACAAAAUUACUUUUCAUUGGAAGAUGUCUCACAAGAUCAAGGGCAUAAAUGAAAAUCUCGAAAGGAUAAACAACGAAGCUGAUAGCCUUGGCCUCAACAGAGUUAAAGAUUAUCCUCUUGCAAAGCCUCUGAUCAUAGAAACUACCAGCUUCACUGUUGAUCCAAUUGUCAUCGGAAGAGAAAGUGAUGAAUCAAAAAUUCUGGAGACGAUUACCAGCUCGAUCAAUAAUGUCCUUUCAGUCGUUCCAAUAGUCGGAAUGGGAGGGCUUGGCAAGACGACUAUAGCACGCAACAUCUUCAAGCACCCUUGUACACAAAGCCAUUUCGAUGAAAGGAUUUGGGUAUGUAUAUCAGAAAAUUUUGAUCAGCUGACGCUUUUUCAAAAGAUCCUGGAAUUAUUAUUGAACAAAAAAUCUGAUCGAGAUAGCAUGGAAGCUGUUGUUCAAGGGAUUGCAAAGGAAAUAAAAGACAAAAGGUACUUGCUUGUUCUCGAUGAUUUGUGGAAUGAAGAAGAAGGUGUUUGGAAUGCUUUCAAAAAUACAUUGGCGGGAGUUAGCUCCAAUAAAGGAAGUUUCAUUAUCGUCACCACACGUAAGGAAAAGGUGGCAUCGAUUGUGAACACUUGCAAUCGUCCAUGUAGAUUGAGGUCAUUAACAAAUGAUGAAUGCUGGUGCAUAAUCAGAGAAAUGUCAUUUCAAGACAAAGAAGUACCAAAAGAAUUUGAGAUUACUGGAUUGGAGAUUGCUCGCAAAUGUAGAGGUUUACCUCUAGCAGCAAAUGUGAUUGGACGAGUUUUGCAAGGAAAGGAAAUAGACGAGUGGGAUUCAGUUCUGCAGUCUGGGCUGUCAAAUCUUGAAGAGGGUGAGAAGGGUGUGUUGCAAGUCCUAAAGGUAAGCUAUGAUCGCUUACCAAUUUCAUCACUAAAAAAAUGUUUUGCCUAUUGUUCAUUAUUUAUCAAGGAUUCGGUCAUGGAUAGAGAAGACUUAAUCCAGCUUUGGAUGGCGGAAGGAUUUCUCCCGAAUGAUAAAAAAAAUGAGUUGGAGACUACAGGCGAUAAAUUUUUUAAUAUUUUGUUGCAAAACUUCUUCUUUCAAGAGCCCAAAAAGGACGAGUAUGGCAAUAUCAUAAGUUGCAAGAUGCACGAUCUUGUCCAUGAUCUUGCAUGUUUAGUUUCGAAAUCAGAAAGUUCCGUGAAUAUGGAGGGUCGCACUGCUGAUGACAUUCUUCAAAUUAGACACCUUGCAAUAGAAUCAAUUGGAGAGGAAGCAGUCAAGAACAUAAAAGAGAGAGCUAGUUACCUCCACACGUUAUUCUUGAGAAGCAGCGUACCAGAUGAAAUUUUGCCGCACUUCAAGCAUUUGUAUUCUCUAAAGCUAUGUCAUGCAAAUAUUAAAGAAUUGCCAACAUCAAUUGGCACUUUGAAACAUUUGAGAUAUCUUGAUGUGUCCUACAAUUAUCUCACUACUCUGCCGGAAUCUAUUUGCAAGCUCUACAAUUUGCAAACUUUGAGGAUUCUAUGGCGCUACAGAUUUCACAGGCUUCUAAGGCUUCCUAGAGAUCUACAAUUCUUGAUUCGUCUGAGGCAUCUCUGUUUUGAUAAAGUUCACGAUGAUUUCGAGAUGCCACCUAAAAUCGGAAGUUUAUCUUGCCUUCAAACAUUACCAUUAUUUCGUGUGAGUGACAAGGAAGGUUGUCGAAUCGAUGAGCUGGGAAAGUUAAAGAAAUUAAAGGGCAAACUACAAAUACUAAAUCUAGAUUUGGUGAGCAGCAAAACAGAAGCUGAGCGUGCAGAUAUGGCUGGAAAGGUAAACAUUUAUGAGUUUAGCUUUCAUUGGAGAAUGCCAAUGGCUUCCACAGAAAGUAACAUCAAUGAUGAGAGUGUACUUGAAGGGCUGCAGCCUCAUGAAAAGCUAAAAAGCCUAAUAAUUCAAGGAUUUCGAGGUAAAAACUUUCCAGUUUGGACUAGAAAUAUGGGAAUAUAUAAAGGCAUUGGUGGUCGUCUGGUGAUAUUUGAUAAAUUGAUCGAGAUCGAAAUUGGAAAUUGUCCCAAAUGCGAAGAACUCCCAAUGCUAGGCCACCUACCACUCCUCAAGCAUCUAAAGCUUACAGGUCUAUCAAAUGUAAGAUCAAUAAGACAAUCAUUCUAUGGAAAGAGUGAUUGCAACUCAACUAGCAGCAGCGAUGGCCAGGAGACAAGAGUAUCAUUCCCGUCACUUAAAAAGUUAGAAAUAUUCAGUUUGUGGAAACUAACAGAGUGGGAAGAAGCACAAAUGAGCGGAACACAGGUAUUUCCUUGCCUUGAAUAUUUGGAAAUACUUAAUUGUCAUAAGUUAGCUCAUGUUCCCCAUUUACGGGGCAGCGGAGCUUCUCUUAAAAAGAUGAAAAUUCGGAAUUGUCCUAAAUUGAGGAAAUUACCCUAUGACCUUGGUAGCCUCCAGUCUCUUGAGACAUUGGAAAUAUAUACAUGUGGAAAUCUGAAAUCAAUUUCAUAUCAAAGUGGACAAAAAGGCCUCCUUUCCCUUCAGAAGUUGGAAAUUCGUAAUUGCCAUGAGUUGAGCAACCUGCCAAAUGAAAUGCUAGAGUAUAGUAAGUCUCUACAACAUCUAUCUAUACGUGAAUGCCCAAAUCUCACUAUGCUUCCUGAAUUGAGUCGGAUGGGAUCUCUACAGAAUCUAAAGGUGGCGAAAUGCCCCAAUCUCACUUCAUUUCCUGAAUUGAGUGGGAAUGGAUGCCUUAACAGUUUAAUAGAAUUGCGGAUUGGGAAAUUCUCGAAUUCAAUCCAGUUCAAUGCAUUUCAAGAUUUUCUCGAUGGUAUCAAGCACAUAAAAUCUCUUGAGAAAUUAUACUUACAAGGUCAAGCGGAUUGGGUCUCUCUACCGGUUCAGCUUCAACAUAAUACUUUACUAAAAGAUUUGACAAUAUGUGAUUUUGGAAUGGAAGAAUUGCCCGAUUGGUUUGGGAAUUUGUCAUCUCUUGAAGUAUUGAAACUAAAGUUUUGUGAAAACCUCAGGCAUCUAGCCUCUAAAGAAGCUAUGCAACGACUCACCAAAUUAAAACUAUUAAAUAUUCAGUCAUGUCCGUUGUUGAGAAAGAGAUGCACGAAAGAAAGCGGUCCUGAUUCUGAGUGGCCAAAGAUUUCUCAUGUUCAUGUGGAAUUUUCGAAGAUUAGUGCGUUUGAUGUUUCUGUUUUGUUGAAGAAGAGCAUCCACCCAACAACAACUUGAUACUCAUUUAUUGUCCCAACAAUUCCUGAUUCUAUUUGGAUCUUCAGCAACUUUACUUUUGUAUUAGACUCGUCACAUAUUCGAGAUGAAAGUAUAGAUGAGGAUUUCAGAGGUUAUUGACAUUGGUCUUUCUGUAAGUAUAUUUCAACUUUGAGUAUUUUACAUUCAUUUUGAUUAAUUACAAUGUCGGUUUAAUUAGUUAUUGUUACCAGUAGAUAAAGAGCCUAUCGAGAUUGUUCCGUGAUUUUGUGGAACAAAGAUUUUUGGGUUAAAUGAUUUCUGUAAGUAUCAUUAAGUUAAAUGACCUUUUUUUCUUUUUU